CUUUUCAAUAUAUUUUGAUGUAGAUACUUUUGUGCCUUUAUACAAGUCGAGUCAUGAUUGCAGGACUUUUAAUUAUAAGGGAGUAUUUCUCCACUGCAGUGUUGCUCCUUCUAAGUAAAUGAUCUGGCCCUUUCAGACCAGCUUGUGGACCAGGAUCAGUUUACCUCAGAGGAGCCGCUGCUGCCUGAGGCGAGGAAGAACCUCAGGCACGUGAGGUUCACUUAGCGAUUAGCAGAUUAUCACCCAGAGAGUUUAGGCACCAGGAUGUUCAGCUGGACGUUUCAGCAGGAAUCCCUGUUACUGUCAGAAAUGAACUGCAGUGGUGACUUUGUGUACCUGUGCGACGUCAGCAGGAUGGAUGCCGCUGAUGAGAUGGAUGAAGACCAGCUUCUGGACUACGACGUUCAGAUGAGCAUCCAGGAGUCGUGUCAGAGGGAACAUCCAGCAGGAUCAGGGAGGUUUGGCAGUGAAGCUCUGAAGCUUGCGGAGGCCAUCAAACAAGGCGACAUGUUGGCACUACAGCAGCUCUGUGAUUUCCCAGAAGCCUUCAGCCAGGUGGACGAGCGUGGCUGGUAUCCCCUGCACAGGGCAGCGGUCCAACCUGUGGUCCUGGUCCUGGAGACGGUGCUGUACGCAUCUUUCAGUCUGACUCUGGAGGAAAAGACUUCAGACGGUGAGACCUUCCUGACGUUAGCGGUGAAGGCUGGUCUGGUGGAGAACGUCAAGAUGCUCCUGGACCACGGAGCUUCUCCUCACACCACCAACAGUCAGAACGAAUCCCCUCUGCUUCUCGCAGUCAGAGCCGGAUCUUAUCAGAUGGUCUCCAGUCUAAUGGCCGGAGGAGCUCGGGUGGAGCAGGUGUGCUUGAAGAAGUGGACGGCCAUGCACGAAGCCUCCAAGGUCGGCUGCGUUCAGGUCAUGGAGCUCCUGCUGCACAACGGGGGUCAGGUUUCAGAGACAGACCAGCAUGGGGUGACUCCUCUGGGCAUCGCUGCAGAGUACAGCCACCCCGAGGUCCUGGAGCUCCUCAUCAAACACGGUGCUGAUGUGAACGCGCAGGCGCCGAAUGGCGACAGCAUCCUGUACGACGCUGCGGGUUCAGGGAAUCCUGACUGCAUUGACAUCCUGCUACAGCACGGAGCAAAUCCAAACAUCUGCAACCUGAGCUCCCAGCUGCCCAUCCACCACGCCGCGUACGAAGGGCACUACCUAGCUUUGAGGAUUUUGAUCCCGAUCACCACCCGACGGGCCUUGCGGCUGUCCGGCCACAGCCCCGUCCACUCCGCCGCUGACGGAGGCCACGUCCACUGCCUGGACCUCCUGCUGCAGAAAGGUUUCGAUGUCAACGCGCUGUUAGCUCCUCAUAUCUCUGAAAACUAUGGAGACAGGAGGAGAAGCCCGCUGUACUUCGCUGUGUCCAACGGGGACGCGACCUGUACUGAGAUUCUGCUCAAGUCUGGAGCCAAACCUGACCUGGACCCGCUGUGCUGCCUCCUGGUGGCGGUCAGGUCGGGACGCUAUGAGAUCGUGAAGCUGCUGCUGGCGGCCAAAGCGGACGUGAACUGUUACUUCACGGUGGUGAACGACACGACGUUUCCCACGGCGCUGCAGUACUGCCUGAAGGACGAGGUGAUGAUGAGGCUGCUGCUCAACAACGGCUACGACGCCAUAAAGUGUUUCUGCUGUAACCAUGACGACGACUGGGAGGAGCUGAGUGAGUCUGGUUACUCACAACAUCAGGAGGAAAAGAUUGCUUUUUGUGAUUUCGUCAGCGUCUCCUGGCUGGUGAACCUGGUGGGCCGAGUCGUGUCGAUCCUCCUCGAGUACGUCGGUCAGGUUUCCCUCUGCGGCAAACUGACAAAAAUCCUGCAGAAACACGACGAGUGGCCUCGCAUCCACAGGACCACACGUAACCCGCGCUCUCUGUCUCACCUGAGCAGAGUGGUCAUCAGGAAACACCUGAGCUGCAGCGCCCUGACGUCCAUGCAGCUGCCCAACAGGCUGAAGGACUUCCUGCUGUUCAAAGAGAACGACCUGUACGCCAAAAUCAUCUGCAGGGAGGACUGAGGGGAGAAGGACUUCUGUCUUAAAAUGUCUUAAAUGUCAGUUCAGAUUUUUUACCUGACGAACGCACUGUACGA